CUCCCGACUCAUCCCAUUACUUUAAACGUCAUCUCGUCAUAUACAAAUCGUCCAAUCGUUCGCCGUGGGAGAGAGAAACGUCGCGCUCUACCUUCUCUGACGUGUAGGCAUGAACUCUUUCUUCCUAAGAACUGCCACUUCUCGUUUAUUACUCCGGCAGAGGCCCGUUCUACAGUGUAAUCCGUUCAAAAUGUCUUAUAUCGCUGCGGGAGCUACGCCUGGCGGCGCAAAGGCCACGCUCAAAGACGGCAACAGGCUCAGGGCUCUCUUUGAUGCAAACAAGCCUGCCUUUGGAGGCUGGCAGAUGAUUCCUGGAGCGGCACCGGCCAGGAUACUGGCGCAAUCGGGCGUGGACUGGGUGCUGGUGGACUGUGAGCAUGGCAGCUUGGACGAUCGUGCUAUGCAUGAGUCAGUUCCAGCUAUUGCGGCGCUGGGAGUAUCUCCCAUUGUUCGAAUCCCGGGAAUGGAGCCAUGGAUGGUGAAGCGUGCAUUGGACUGUGGUGCCCAUGGUGUUCUUGUCCCGCUGUUGCGUACCGUCAAAGAAGCCGAGGACCUCGUCCAAGCCGCCAAAUUCCCCCCUCUGGGAAAGCGAGGCUUUGGAUCUCCUUAUUCUGCCAAGCAGUUUGGCCCCACCAUCUCUUCUCUAGAUUACCUUAACCAAGCCAAUGAGAACAUAUUGACCAUGGUCCAAAUUGAGACCAAAGAAGCCCUCGAGGUGGUGGAUGAAAUUGCUGCUGUCAAGGGAGUUGACGUCCUCUUCGUUGGUCCAUUUGAUCUCGGCAUAAACAUCGGGCACCGCGUCAGCGAGGCCGGCAUCCCCCAAGAGCUCGAUGAUGCCAUCUCAAAGGUCCAGGUCGCCGCCAAGAAAGCUGGCAAGAAAAGCGGCAUCUAUACUUUCAGCGGUGCCCAUGCCAAGCAGUGCCAGCAGCGAGGCUUUGAUAUGGUCCAUGUCGUCACGGAUUACAUGGGCCUUGAGGAUGUAGUCAAGCAGUAUCUGACCGCUGCCAAAAACUAAACCGGGGCAUGUGUGUUGUAGAUGUUCCUCCAUUGACGUGGGUACAUAGAUUAGAAGGAUAAAUUAGAUGCCUUCAGCUUG